AUCACUCAAUUCGUUUGCGCAAUCGUCAGUUGACCUGACCUUGCUGCCUCUCCCAACCACGAUACACCAUCUCGCGAGCUCGAGAUCACCAGUCCUUCGACACACUACGAUCACUACGAUACACCAGAGAUGCAACUCUGAGUCCAAUCCAUUUACACGAAUCGUUUAUUUACCUACCUACCUACCUACCCGACCAACCGAAUCAUAAUCCCACGAUACCACGAUCCACGAUCCACGACACAAUGCUUCUACCGCGAUACCUCACCUCAGCCAUUGCGCUGCUGGCUUCCUCGGCCCUCGCCCAAGUCACCACCGACUGCCAACCCCUCAACAAGACAUGUCCUGCCGAUCCCGCCCUCGGCAUGGACUACUCGUGGGCCUUCAACUCUACUCCCAAAGCCUGGGCCUGGGAAACUACUGUCGGCACCGUCGAUUUCGACAAUGACAAUGGCGCCGCCUUCACCAUCAGCAAGCAGGGCGACUCCCCCACCCUGCGCUCCAAGUUCUACUUCUUCUGGGGCCGCACCGAGAUCUGGAUGAAGGCUGCCCAAGGCCAAGGCAUCGUCAGUUCCGUCAUGUUCCUGUCCGAUGACCUGGACGAGAUCGACUGGGAGUUUGUCGGCGGCGAGCCCAACAACGUGCAGACCAACUUUUACGGCAAGGGUGUCAUCGAGUCCUCCAUUCCCGGAAAGCACGACGUUCCCGGUAACGCUCAGGAGGACUUUCACAAUUACACCACCAUUUGGACCCAGGACUACCUCGACUUUUACAUUGACGGCAACAAGGUCCGCACUUUACUUCCCGCUGAAGCCAACAAAGCCAACGACACUCAAUACUACCCCCAGACACCCAUGCGCUUGUCCUUCGGUAUUUGGGCUGGCGGCGACCCGAGAAUGCCCAACGGUACGAAGGAGUGGGCUGGUGGUGAAACCGAUUAUAAUGCUGGCCCGUACACCAUGCAUGUCAAGUCUGUCCGAGUUACCGACUACAGCGACGGCGAGGAGUAUGUCUACGGCGACCGCAGCGGCGAUUGGGAGAGCAUCAAGAUCGUCGAGGGUAACUCCACCAUCAAGGAGAUCAUCACAGCCCCGCCCAAGCAGUCGAUGUCAGACAAGUGGAACGGCAUGUCGAGCACAACCAAGACCAUCAUUUACGCCUGCUGCGCCGGCGCUGGUGCGCUGCUCGUCAUGGCUGCCGUGUACGUCUGCAUCCGUCAGCGACGACGGGGUGCGCGCCAGGCUGCUCUUGCUGAAGCCCAGUACGAGCGCGAUCGCGUCGAGCUUGAGCGGUUGCAGAAGGCUGGUAUCGAUCCCGAUAGUUUUACGGAGCAGGCGGCAGAGUAUCAUGCUGGUGAUAUGAAGAAGGACGGUAUGGCUACUACGACAACUUACAGUGUUCCCCCUUCUCCGCCUCUCGAUGGCCCGAACAACACCUCCUCUAAUGGUCAAUUCGAGCCGAUCUCAGCAGUUGGCGCUGGCGCCGCUGCUGGUGCUGCUCUCGGUGCUACCGGUGCCGCCGCCGCCUCCCUCUCUCUAUCCCCCCGUGUCGCUAGCCCUGCUCCCGCUCCUGGCCAGCAACAGCAACAAUUCAACUCCUUCGACAACAACAUGAACAUGAACCGCGUCGCCUCGCCUGCUCCAAGCAUCCCUUCCUUCGCGGCAUCUGCCAUGACCCCCACAAUCCCCAACGUGACUGGCGGGUACCAGAACCAGUCCCAGAGCCCGUCGUUCCCGCCCAACCGUAGCUUCACCUCUCCGGUCCCUGGCUCGCCUAACCCUCAAGGUUCCAUGUACGGAGAUAUGAACAGAGUAGGCAGCCCCGCUCCCGGGGUAGGACUAGCCCACCCGCAACCCCAAAGAAGCUUUACCGCCGGUCCUACUGCCCCGGGGUUCGCGAGCCCGCAGUCGGCGAGCUUCAACUUCAAUAAUAAUAACAAUGGGGGCUACAGCAGCCCACAGGCUUCCACAUUCGGCGGAGCGUACGGUCAGCAAGCACCCGGACUUGGAACACAGUCUGGUGUUGCUGGUUACGGUCAGGCUGCCGUUGGUCAAGUACCUGACUUUGGUCUGCCGGGUCAAAAUGGAUUUGCGGAGGGGAGGGAUAGUUAUUGGGGUGAUACCCGUGAUGAUGGGCAUAACCAGGGGCAUAUGAACAACGGGGGAUACAGGUGAUGAUGGGUGAUGACACGGGGGAUGUGGGAUGCUGGGAAUUUGAAGAGGUGGCAAUUCCAGCUCGCGUCGUUGAUUGAUGAGAUGAUAU